ACCUACACAACACAUGCGCAUCAAUAAAUUUUUAUAAAUUGUCUUUUAGGUUAAACAUCAAAAAAUUUAACAAGUUUAUAAAAUUACAUUCAACUUGAAUAAAUAAAUAAAAAUGUCAUUAAUUGUGCGUAAUUUUUUGAUAAAAUUUAAAAAAUAUCCUGGUCAAAUAUCCAAUUUCUGUACUGCUGUAAGUGCAAAUAAUAAUCAGGUUGAAGUUAAAACCGAAACUCCAAUUACUCCAAUAAUAUCAACAAUUAAUUAUGAAGAUGAACAUCAAAUAUAUCAAACAAAACGUCAGGUUUGGAUUGAUAAUUUAGAUACAAUUAAGGAAAAAAAAUUAGGAUUAAUGACAUUGCAUCCGGCAGUAUUUGCUGAAAAGCCAAGAGUUGAUACUUUGUUUGAAAAUGUCAGGUGGCAGAGGAUGUAUAGAUUUGUCAAUUAUGCACACGUACAAAACAGAGCUGAAAAACGUGGUGGUGGUCGUAAACCAUGGCCUCAAAAAGGACUAGGUCGUGCUCGUCAUGGAAGUGUUAAUUCGCCAUUAUUCAAAGGCGGCGGUGUAGCUCAUGGUCCAAGAUCUCCAACACCGCACUUUUACAUGCUUCCAUUUUUUACACGAGUCAAUGGAUUAACAACAGCGUUGUCUGUUAAAUUAGCCCAGGAUGAUCUUUAUGUCGUUAAUAAUCUUGAUAUUCCAUCAAACGAUCCAAAGUACAUCGAAGCAUUAAUUGAGGAACGUAAUUGGGGACCUAGUGUACUUAUAGUCGAUUCUGAAGACAUCAUGCCUGAAAACAUCACUCUUGCUACUGAUAAUAUUAAGCACGUUAAUUUAAUGCCAGCUUACGGAUUAAACGUUUAUAGUAUGUUGAAACACUCGACGUUAGUUUUAACGGAACGUGCUACUCGUCAUAUUGAAAGUAAAAUCUUAUACCAUUUAAACAGACCUGAUUACAUGGCUGUUGCAGCGAAAUUCAAAUUAAGUCAAGCGUAAACAAUUGUAAACAUUUUAUAGAUAAUAAUAAUAAUUUUCAUUUACUAGA